CACUUUCCACAUUUACAGAUUCAAAAUAAGGCUAACAUUGUCAAGUAACAAACACACUGAUGUUUUCAUUUCUAAUAUUAAUUUCAUUCUUUCACGAAGAAUCGUUACAAUGCCAUACUAUCAGUCGCGCCAAAAUACGCUUCGCGGAACCAGAACAACCGAGGGAAAUAUUGCGCAAUCUAUACCAGUUGUUUUGUCCUAUCAGCAAAACCAAUAACAUGACACAGCAUGCUGUGUUACGGGUUCCCACGAUAAGCUCUGUUAAUAGAAAAGGAAGGAAGUAUGAACAGAUUAUAAAGGGGCGUUUGCUAAUGCUCAGUGCGGUGGAUCGGCAAAGCUGAACCCAGUCGGGACCAAAACCAAGGGUGGCGGACUCCUUUGAUGUUUGGACAUCAUCCAAAAAAGUGCUUAUAUAUAAAUCAGGAUGAUACCAUCACUGGUACAGAGGCUUUCCAAAGGUCUCUCUUUCAUGUCAGCAAAAAAUGAGGCAGAUAUGAGCGCUAAUACACGGUCACAGGUCUUAAACAAAACAAACAAUGCAGACAGCGUUCAGGAUAUGGCUACAUUACGCAGACAGUCAACAACACAACUUCCUCCAGAUGAUGAGCAGAAUUCACUCACACAUUCCACAAGAAAGAAUUUCACAAGAUCCUCGACAACAAGCAGCACCAUCAGUAAAAGCACCAGUACAAUGUUGAAGAGAUUAUCAAAAACGCCAUCCAGAUACAUGGAAGGUGAACUCCACAGUGAAGAGAUAACACAGAUAUCAUCCAAGAAAAGGAAUUCAUCUAGUCUGGAAAGAUCAGGGACUAAAAAACCUUCCCAAAUCCCCACAGAACAGCUGGCGAUGGCAAAAAAUGUGUCUCUAAGUGCACGAGGCAAAGGACCCAAGCAACUGAGCUUGACCAAAAAAGUGUCAUCACCUGGGAAGCAUCAUUCAGUCAAUGGUCCUACACGCUCUAGUUCUGUGACAAAAAUAAGAGCCAUUCCUCUUAGGAAUAUAAAAUCAAAGGGAAAAACCAUCUGGUAUUCUACUGGUGCCUACUUAUCAGUGCGAAGUAGUGAUGGUGGAUUUUACCUGUGCAGAGUAUUGAGAAAUGUUUAUAACACUUCCAAAGAAGUAAAAAUUCGUUGGCUUGUUAAAAAACAAAGGAUUGCUAGAAGCAGAAAUAAGAAUACUCGUGCAACUAUGCAUGAUGAUAAAGAACAUGAUGGAAAAUUAUAUCAGCUUUCCUAUGCGGAUAUCAUUGACCCUUCUUGCAUUUUGAUGGAGGUGUCCAUGGAGGUAGCACCUAAUCGAAGGACCAUGAUUUUACACGAUGAGGACAAGGAAGAAACAAUGAGGCUGCUGAACAUUGCAGAAGAGGUAGAGUCCGGCAACAUGGCAAAGGAAGAUAUUGGAGAAGAUGUUGAAGAAGUCAUUAUCAUUGAUCAUCCAACCCCAAAGAAACGAAAGUUAGACAGAGGAUCUUCAUCAGAAAGGGUUGAAACAAAGAGGCCAAAACUUAAGAAGACACCUUCUCAAAAGAAGCAAGAGAAGGAAAGAAGGGCACAAGAAAGAAAGAACAAAAGAAGCCAGGAAGAAGCUGACGGGAAACCAAAGCGCAAACGAAAAGUGGCCAAGAAAGAGGAAGACAUUCAGCUGCAUCCUAACCCUAAUAUCAAAGUUCAGGAGAAAGAUCCUUUAUGGGAAACAACAGCACACAUGCCCUUCAUUUCAAAGUAUGGAAAUUCUCGACUUGCAUUUCGUGCCAUCAACUUGAAUGAUAUGAAACUACUCAAAAAACUUCUGAAAGAUUCAGAGAGAGUCCGUUGCCUUAGUCAUAUGCAUAGCCAGAGCAAUUCCUACUGUCCACUUCAAUAUGCUCUGUAUAAAAAACAUCAAGAAGCCUUUAACCUUCUAUAUGAAGACUACUUUGGGAACAAAUAUCAUAAACGACUAGAAGGAAAUGCUGCAGACAAGAUUAUGAUGGAAAGGCUAGGGACUGGGUCCUACAACUUCCGAUCACUGGGUGUAGGUCGAAUUAGAGCCAUCAUGGCAAGCAGAGGUAGCAGAGAAGGCAACAAUGCUCUCACAAAGGACCAGCGUGACAUGGAAGACAGUUAUCCCCUGGCUGAGGCUGAUAUUAUUAUUACAGCCAUGGAAACUGGAGCAACCAAAGAAGUCUUUUUAAAAAUUAUGACUUCGGAUCAGAAGGAAUUGGACCCGUCCAGAGAUCUGAGAUUUGAUUUGAUGAAUCAUGUGGUCAAGAAUUUGAUGGUAUUGCUGAUCAGGGGACAUAAUGUUGUAGCCGGAGAACUAAUGGCAUUGAUUGUCAAAAAUCAUUUUCGCUUUGGACGUUUCCCUUUUCUCAUCACCAAGGUUCUUUUGGCCAAAGAUUCUGAAGACCUAAAAACUAUGCCGCCUUCACAGUUAAGAGCUGAUGCCAAAGAAUUAAAAGGGUUCACAGCUAUUCAUGCAGCUGCCUGCAACCCAAAUCCUGCAGUCCUGGAAAAAGUUCUGUCAGUAGAUCCUGAUUUUCACAUAAGUGAUGCCAAGGGUCACCGCCCUAUUCAUCUGGCAGCAGGCUGCUCUUCGACAGGCCCACUCAAACUACUGCUAGAAAAGGGAGCUAAUCCAUAUGAUUCUGACAGCAAGGGUUUCACUUCACUGCAUUUUGCCAUCCAGGCAGAAAGAGUAGAGAAUGUAGAGAUUUUACUUCAACUGCUUCAAGACAAAAACUCUCGAUUUGUUGACCCAACCGAAGGAAAACCAAAUGGUGGAGUCAACAGAACCAUCACCACCUCAGAAACUCCACUUCAUAUGGCAGCAAAAUUUGGAAAUCUGAGUAUUGUUCAGCUUCUUCUGAAAUAUGGCGCUGAUGUUAAUGCCAAGCUGUCCAUCAGCUCUUUCUCUUUAACCCCACUCAUGGUAGCAGCUGGCAGGGGCCAUCUGAACAUUGUUCACUGCCUUGUUGAUGGAGGGGCUGAAGUGCAACAGAAGGAUCGCCUGGGAAGAACUGCAUUGAUUCAUGCUGUCAUGAAUGGGUCAACCAGUGUGUUGUCUUACCUGCUGAACAUUGGGGCCUCACCAAAUCAACCAGACUCAUCAGGCAACUCUCCGCUGCACUAUGCUUCUGCUUACGGGUGGCACUUCUGUGUGAAAACAUUGAUCCAAGCUGGAGCAGAUCUGUGCUGUAGCAAUGACUGGCAGACAACUCCAUUAUCAGUUGCCUACUUAAAGGGUCACUUUGGCAUUGUCUCCCAACUUCUUGAUCAUGAGAAUGUGAAUGUCAACCAUCCAGAUGAAGAGGGGAGGACACUUUUGUUCAUAGCAUGCUCCAGUGAACCAGAAGACAGUUUGCUUGAACAGAUUCGAUUCCUGGUUAAGGAGAAAAAUGCAGACUGUACAGUUAUAGAUACUUUUGGGAAAACACUGCUUCAUUACUUAGCUAUGACAAAGAUUACUGAAUCCAUCCAGGCGGAUGAUAAACCUGCAGAAACUAUAAUAAGUGAACAAGCAAUUAAAAACACGGUCAGCAUAGCUCAGUUCCUUCUGGACAAUGGAUGCAAUCCAUCACUUCAGGACAAGGAGGGAAAUACUGCAGCUGUUGAAGCUCUUAGAAAGAAAAAUAUUCCUCUUGCAAAACUUCUUGUGGAAAAUGGCUGCCAGAUCAAUGUUGCAACAAUAGAUGAUCCACUUGUGCCUCCUUCCACCCUAUUGCAUUCUCUCGCCUAUGACAUUUUUGAGCCUGGAGACCCUAGCCUUGUCAUCAAGUUUCUAGCACAAACAUUGACAGUAAAUGGAUUGAAGAGGAAUUUCAGUAAAGAACUGUCUGAAAUGGCACAAACAUAUGAUAGAAAUGGAUUGACUCCAUUCAUGGCUGCUUGCAAAACUUAUUCUUCCAGAAAUUACUGGCAUGACAAAAAGACUGAAUUUCUGGAGAGAACAAGAUGGGAGAAAGCCCGUGCAUUCUUGAGGAACCUUGUUGAGGUGGCUAAGAGUGAUAUUAAUGCAAGUACAAAACCAGACUGGAUAUCUCUUAAUGAAGGAACCUUACACAAAACCAGACACUCUGCAACUAAGUGGAUGCCUGUCUUUUACCUGGUUGGGGCCAACGAUCCUUGGUUUGAUGCUGCUGGACAAUAUGCUCCAGACAUCAAAUGCUCCAUGCUGAAGUAUUUGCUCACUCAGGGACUUGAGGUGAACAUCUACAACCAUGAGAACAAGACGCCGCUGAUUUCUGCUAUUACUGGAAAGAACUUAGAUGCAGCAUUACUCUUGCUGCGAGAAGGCAAAGUGGAUCCGAAUUUGUGCCAGCUGAUUACUAAGGAAGAGGAUGAUGCAAAGAAAACUGUAAAAUGUCCACCUCUCUGCCUUGCUGCUCACUACCAGCAGUUUGAAAUUCUGGAUGAAUUGCUUAAAAACAAAGCAGAUGUGACAGCAAUAGAUGAGAAUUCUGGAAAAUCUGUGCUGCAUAUUCUUGCAGAAAAAAGCAGAUCUGAAGAGUGUGUACAAGCAAUGGUAAAGAUAUUAGAUGCUGGUUUGGAUGUGAACAUCAGGGAUGACAAUCAAAUGACACCACUUCAUAUCCUGGUGAAUGCUAACAAGGGAGGCAUUGAUGACAGCUUUGAUGCUGAGAUCCUGAUGCUACGUAGAAAUGCAGAUCUGGCAAUCUGUGACAAUGAAAGUCGCACACCAUUGCAUUAUGUCUUCUUAAAAAAGAACAGAGAGACAGACAAGAGUCAACAUGACCCAAUAGAACUGUGCAAGCUAUUGGCCAAAUCCAUGGGAUCAUCUGAAAUAAACAUAGCUGACAAGAAUGGAUCCACGCCUCUUCAUUUAGCUGCAUGCAGGGGUGCCAGCAUUUGCUGCAUGUACCUCUUGCAGAGAGGGGUAGAUCUCAACAAACAGGAUGUAGAUGGAAACACUGCUUUAACCCUAGCUGUUUCAGCAGGGCAUGAUAACUGUGGGAGCAUGCUGAUCCAGCAAGGAGCAGAUCUCCUCAACCCAGUUGUCCAAGUUACAGCCAAAAAUGAAGAGAAAAGACCAGUUUGGAAAUGGAAACACCUCUAUAUGGCAGAAACUAUAGAACCUGUCACCAAAGUACCUCUGUUUCAGGUUGCAAUCAAAAACACGAUGGUUGGAGUAACAUUCCUUCUGCUUGAAGCGCCUUCUGAUAAAUCUGGCAUUUCUAUGACAAGCGGCAUUGAGAUGGCCAUUAAGAAUUCCCAGUAUAAUGCUGCACUACGCUUACUGUCCACAGCAGUGGACUUAAAAGAAGUUCUUGCACUGCGAAGCAAGGACAGAAACCUUCUUCACAUCUUAGCUUUGUAUGCAGCUGGCAAUGAAGAACAGCAAAUUAGGAUUGCCCGGAUUUUGAUCGACAAAGGCAUACAGGCCAAUAGCAAAGACCAAUAUGGUUGCACCCCUCUAUUGUAUGCUGUCUACAACAAGAACUUUCAGCUUGCUAAUUUUUUGAGCGCCCUACCUGAUGGUAUGAAUGUCAAGUUUGUUGACAGCUUCAACAGGAGUUAUGUCACAGCAUCACUGUGGAAUUGUCUGUACUCUGGCAUUCCUGCAGACCUGUGGGAAUGGCUGGAAGUGAUGAUAAAGAAAAAGGCAGACAUCAACAAGAAGUUUGACUUCCCAAUGCCAGACAUUCCUUUUGCUACUUCGUUCAACGUCAAGAUGCUCAACCCAGAUUACUGGUGCAGCUACCCUGGCUGCGAGACAACAGCCCUUAUCUUUGCCUUGCGGUGUCGUGACUUCACCUUCACUCAUAACCUUCUGCAGUGGGGUGCAAACCCAAACUUGCCAGACAGCAGUUCGGUCACACCUCUCAUGCAUGCCGUCAAAAUCAAUUCUCUAAAUCACCUCAAGCAACUGAUGAGGUAUGAUUAUGACCCUGACUACAAAGAACCAGAGAAGAUAGUGCCAGCUAAGAAACAUCAAAGGGGAAAUAAUGUCACACAUGGAAAAGUAUUUCGGCUUAAAAAAACACUUAGUGCAACAUCUGUGUCCAGUGGAUCAAGCACAUCAGAUGAAGAGGAAGAAAAUGCAGCAGAAGAAUUGGAACAAAAGAAGAAGCCAAAUGAAAUCAAGACUGUGAAGAAAACCAGCUCAGUUAAACUGGACCAGACUGACAAAAAUGGCUGGACUGCAAUGCACCAUGUAGCCUGCCCACUGGAACUGGGAUCAUUUGACAAUGAUGAGAUGAUUUAUGUUCUGGCCAAAGCAGGUGCAAAGUUAAAUGUGAAAAACAAUCUGCAGCAGACACCUCUUGACCUGGCAUUGGCCCACAGAGCACCUAAAGUAGCAAGCAUGCUGCAGAAACUAAUGGGGGUGUCUGAAAAAGACAUGAAACAACCCAGUUAUGAAAAAUUCUCAUGCAGUGAUGGUGUUACCUGGACUGGGUCAGAGCCAGAUUUUCAUAGUGAUGCAGAAAAGCAACUUGGAGGAGAAGAGGCCAUGGAGGAAGAGGAAGAGAUUAAGGUGGAGGUCAGCGAGUACUGCAGAAUAAAAAAUGGGGAAUUGGUGAUUGAUGCAGAACAAAGCUUACCUUAUGAAGUGCUGAUGACAAAGUGUGAUGCUAAUCUUGGACAGUGGGGCUUAUACAACUUUUAUCAGAUUCAGCUGGUUCGUCAACCAAGCAAGAAGAUAUAUGUUCUUUUCACACGUUGGGGUCGCAUUGGAGAUGUUGGACAGUACCAGCACACACCAUUUCAAAAUGAAGCUGAUGCUGUCAAAGAGUUCAAGAAAAUUUUUCGGGAAAAGUCUGGCAACAAAUGGGAGGACAUCAAAAGUUUCGAACAGAAGCCUAGAAAAUACCGAUUAGUACCAUACUCUGAACGUCAUCCACCACGACAGCAGAAAGAUGUUGAAUUCAUGUUUGAAACUGAGGUUGAAUCUGUGCUGCCAAAAAACCUGCAAGAGAUUGUGAAGAUGACAAUGGAUGUAAAGGCUUUGAAGAGAAUGUACAAAGGGAAUAGAUCCCUGGACCCAGAUGUUUUACCUUUUGGACGCAUCAGCAGGGACAAACUAUUGCAGGCCAGAAAACUAUUGGAAGAAAUGGGGGAUAUAGUUCACAGAAUUGAGGUUCAUCGGAAUACAAGAGGGGACAAGACAAAAGAACAAAAAGAUGAACAUCAGUUAGACUGCCAAAAGGUGUCAGAGUUGAGUACAGAGUAUUUCCAGCUGAUACCACAGAAGAAUUUUGUUUAUGAAAUGCUACGGCCAUUGGACAGGAAACAGCAAUACAGUGAGCAAGUAAAACUGGUGAACAAACUGCUGGACUAUGAAGUGGCCAGCAAAAUGCUUUUGGGGGCCAUGUAUUGUAAAGCAAGUGUAAACCCAGUGGACUAUGUCUACCGGUGUCUGCAUACACAGAUGGAAUUAAUGAACGAGGAUGAUUUAAUGGCUCAGUAUAUCAUGCGGAGUGUCUAUGCCUCAGAUAAGAGAGCCUCAGUUGAAGCCAUUUACAAACUGGCAAGAGCCGGUGAAGAGAAGAGAAUGCAGAAAGGGGGCCUAGGCAACAAGCGCUUGCUGUGGCAUGGCACACGAAGGAACAACCUGCUCAGCAUCCUACACCGGGGGCUAGUGGAAACACCUUUGGAUGCUUCACAAAUCAGUGGCGCUGCCUUCGGGAAGGGCAUCUACUUCAGUGAUGACUUUGAAAAGUCCAGGAUGUAUUGUGACCAUGGAGAAGAGUGUAGCUUCAUACUUCUUUGUGAGGUUGCCCUUGGGACACAGCAGGAAGUGCACAACUGGGCAGCAUUCAAGGCAAAUGACAGCUACAACAGUGUCUUUGUUCAUGGCCGCAGAACUCCAGAGCCAACAAAUAAUGUUUCACUGCCAACAGGUGUGACACUUGCUUUGGGUGAAAUAAAGGAAAUCACCUCACAUUUCAAUGAGGAAACCCAGACUUGGGAAUAUUGUUGUGCUGCACACAACGAAUUUGUUGUUCGAGAGGAAAGCCAAGUGUGUUUACGUUAUCUUGUACAGUUCCACUAAUCUCAUCAGAACUUGACUUUUGUCUCAGUGUUUUUGUUAAAUAUUCAUUCAUUUUUUUGGAAGGAUAUGAGUAUCAUCACUGUAAAUGUGAAUGCAUCAGCGUGCAAACAGUGCAACUCCUUUAGAGCUCUAAGACUGUGGCGUUAUUCAACUCCUCAGCUGCUACUUGUCCUGAUAAACAUCGAAAGCUUGUAACAUUCUUGAUUUUAUGUAAGUUUCUGGACUUGCAAGUCUUGCACAUAAAUUCUAAAUGUAAGGGUUGCAAGCAGAUCACUGUCACUUAACACACGUCUAAUUUCUAACAAUGCUGAAGAAAACAAAAACAACGUAUAUCUGUUGUCAAAAUCUCUAAUGCUAAAGAGCAUAAGAAUGACAUCUGCAGUCAAAUGUACAUGAGCUUAGUUGUGUUAGAAUAAAAUGUGAUUUAUUAUUAAUUUUUUUAUAUAUAGUUCUAAUAUUCAAGUUCCAAGUGUGAUAUAUUUUGAGGCAUAUUGUUUUGGUGGUAGGCACAGUGUACUGUCUUUACAUAUAUUUAAUAUUUUAGAGGUGAUUUUAUCAAUGUAUGAAAGUUAUGAAUUGUGUGUGUAUAGAUAUAUAUGAUAGUAAUGUAGAAUGAUCUUUACAGACAUUACCUUUGAGAGUUUGAGCAAUUGAACGAGUUCUGUAGUAACUGAACAUUUGUGAAACAUUAGGCAGCAUUCCAAUAAAAGUUGCAUUGCUUUUGAAUAGUAACCAGACAUCAACUCAUGGAAACUGCACAGGUCUGUCAUUAUACUGAGAUCUGUCAUUUAUUCUUCUUCAUCUCUCCCACCUUUUUUCCAUAACCAUGCUCGCCUUUGAUACAUUCAGCCUAAUUCUUGUGAAAAUUGAUUGAUUUAAUGAGUGUCAGCUUCUGCUUUAUUUAACACCAUGCUAAUUCUAUAAGCUAUCAGAAUACCAUAUUCAUUUUAUUGCUGAACACUAAUUUCAGCUACUUUUGGUUAUUUGCACUGUGGAAUGGCUUUGGCUAGAGAAUUCUAUUUUGGAACUGUCUCAGUCCUAGCUUGCUCUGUUUGUAGUUUGACCCAUUGUAAUUCUGCCUUAUUACUUUGGAAGAUGCAAGACAUGCUUUGAAUAAUUUUGACUAAAUAUAAAUUAACUGUAGGAAAAAACUCUUAUUGGCAGCAUCACAAAUGACACAUCCGACACUUGUGGUUUUCAUUUAUUUAAAAUGUGAUAUAUUUAUUUGUUCAUAGAAAACUUCAAAUUUACACUUUUGGUGAAAUAAAUGUGAUUAUGUAAAUAAUC